AUGGGUGAACGAACCCACUACGGAGCACAGGCGUGCUCUGGCACCAACCCCAGGAAGUGCCAGGACCUAGGAGACUCGAUUCUUCUGAUUCUGGGCAGCUUCAUCUUGCUCAACGUGGGGAUCAAUGUGGUGACACUGCUAUGGAGGCAUCUGAAGAGCUCCUUGCGGACUAUUUUCCGUCAUUUUUUCCCCAAAGACAAGCAAUCCAGCUCUCCAGGCAGCCAUCCCAUGUGCAUGCGCUGUUCUGUGGAUCCCAAGAACCUGUGCUCAAGAGUCUCUUCCCACUUCCACUGUCGCCCAAGCUUCCUGCUCGGGCAGCCUAACCACCUUGACUCCUGGAUACCAGACACGAAUGAUGAGAAGGCUUCUAGGUGCUGCUGGAUGCCGCCUCAGUGUGGACACGCUGGGGCUCCCAUGGAGGCUCCAUGGGGACUGUGGAAGGAGGGGAUAAUGGGAGCUGGGGAGGCCCCUCAAGUCACAGCCUUAAAGGCCCAAGCCACCUUUUUCUCCAGGCAAAAGACAUCUUCCAAGUACCACAGGAUGGGCAAGUUGGACAUGGUUCCACUCCGCCUGCCCCAAGAGAGCAAGACUAAGACCCCAGCCUGUGACCCAGCCCAGGCCCCAGCCCAGGCCCAGACCUGCUCCCCAGUCCAGCCUCCUGGACGCACUCCUGCCAGGGCCCAGGCCUUCUCCUCAGCCCACCCUUCUCAGCACACCCCCGCCCAGGCCCAGACCCGCUCCCCAGUUAACCCCCCUGAGCACGGCCCACCCCAGCCUCAAACCUGCUCCCCAGUACACGCUGCUAGGCAUACUCCUGCCAGGACCCAGACCUUCUCCUCAGCCCACCCUCCUAAGCAUGCCAUACCCCAGGUGCAGACUCACUCCUCAGUCCACCCCCCAGAACACACCACCUCCCAGGCCCAGACUCACUCCCCAGCCCUCACUCCUGAGCACAGCCCUGCCCAGGUCCAUGGUCCUGAGCACACCUCAGCCCAAAUCCUGGCCCAGGCCCAAACCCAGAUCCCCUCACAUGCCUCAGCCCAGUCCUUGGGCCACAACCCUGAGCACAUAACAGCCCCCGCCUCAGCCUGCACCCUGACCCAUGCUCAUCUAACCUAUACCCGUAACCAUACCCUGGUCCCUCCUGCAACUUCUGCCCCUGCUGCAAUUCCUGCCCCAGCCCCCACACCAGCCUCUGCCCCAAUCUCUGCCACAACCCCUGUCCCAGAGCUGGUCAUGGCCCUGACUCCCACUCCAGUCCCGGCUACUACCCCUUCCCCCGUCCUAACUUCUAUUCCCUCUACCCUGUCCGCCUUCAGCCAGGGCCUCUCCAGGGGCCACGUGGUCUAUGAUGCCCGCAGGGUAAAGCACAACUUAUUCCAUGUGCGUCCCCCUCAGAAUUCUGGGUAUUCCAGAAAAGACUUGGGUACCCUCUCCAGGCCCCAAGAGGGGCAUGGCCCAGUGAGCUCUGAGCAAACAUCAAAGCCAUGUAGUGCGGAUGGUGCCAAGCUCUCCACAGGAUCCAUAUUGGGUUACCUGGAGUUGGGGAAUAUGGAAUGGAAGAUCUCAAAUGACGCCAACGGCGAGUUCUUACAGCCCAAGACCUUCCCUUACUGCAGCUUCCACCCUUGCAGUUCUGAGAAGAGAGAAACAGACUCCCAGGCUCCAGUCUACCCCAAAUUCCUGGUCUACUCCAAGGAUGCUGCACCUUCUCAACCUUGUUUCCAUUCUCCAACCAGUACCCAGACCUCGCCAGGCACUGUGACUCCACCAUGCAUUCUUUCUCUACCUCUUGUUUCUCCCAGAUCCUUUGUCCUUCAACACACCAACCACCAGGAGCCCUCCACCUUAACACAAACUGCCACCCUUCCGCCAACCUCCAAGUCUCCUCAAACUGUCCUCUCUUCCCAGGGGCCCAUCCCUACCCAGUUCUCCACAAUUUCCCAAACCCCCAACCAGACUCAACCUCCCGAACUUCAUGAGAGUCUAGGCCUCACCCAAGACUCUGGCCUCCAAAAUACCCCAGGCCCUUCAAAAGACUCUAUUGUUUCCAGAAACCCAGGCCUUACCCCAAAUUCAGGCCUCCACAAGAACCCAGGCCUUACCCAAGAUCCAGGUCUCCACAAGCUUCCAGGCAUAAGCCAAGACCCUUUUCUAUUCAAGAACUCAAGUCUUUCCCAAAGCUUUGAACUUCACAAGAAUCCAGUUGUUACCCAAGAUUCUGGCUCCCAGAAAAGCCUAAGUUUUACUCAAGAUGCGAGUAUCUUUAGGAGUCCAUGUCUCACCCAACCCUCUGGUCUCCACAAGAAUGCACCAUUUCUCCCAGCUUCUGACAUUCAGAGGAGUGUAGGCUUUCUGCGAGACUCUGUAGUCUAUGGGAAUCUAGAGCAAAACCAGGAGACUGCACUCUAUAAAAGUCAAGAGCGCUCCCCCAAAACUGGCCUCCAUAAUAGCUCAGGCCCUUCGCAAGAUUCUGGAUGUCACAAGAGUACGGGUAACGCCCAAGAUCUGGGAGUCUCCAGGAAUCUAGGCUUUACCCAAGAUUCUGGGUCACAGAAGAGUCUAUACCUUGCCCAAGACUCUGGAGUCAACAAGAGCUCAGGCCUUUCCCAGGAAUCUGGUCUCCAUAAAAGCCCAGGCCUUGUCCAAACCUCUGGCCUCUGUAAGGGCUCAGGCCUUACCCAAGACUCAGGAGACUACAAGAAUCCAGGUCUUACCCAAGAUUCUGGAGUCUACAGGAGCCAAGGCCUUACUCAAGAUUCUGACCUCCAUAAGAAACCGGGCCUUACUCAAGCCACUGAAGUCAAGCAAUGUGGCCUUACCCAAGAUGCUGGAAUUUGCAGGAGCCCAGAACAUACCCAUGACCCUAACUGCCACAAGUCCUCAGGAAUUAAUCAAGACCCUGGCCCCCAUAAGGGCCCAGUCCUUAGCCAAGGCUCUGGCCUCCCCAAGACUCAAGGCCUUACCAAAGGAUCAGGACUCAACAAAACCUCAUGCCUUGUCCCGAAUCCUGAUCUCCACAAGAACCCAGGCCUCACUCUAGGAACUGACUCUGCCCAAGUCUUAGGCCCACAUCAGACCCGAAAGGCAUUUGUAUCUGGGGAGAUUCCUCGAAAGGAAGCAGAGCAGCACACACCAUGGACUUCUGUCCCACUCAGUCAGAACACGGGCUCUCCCAAGGCACCCGUGAUCUACAAUGACCUGCAAACCUUCUCAGAGGUGCCUGUACUAAUUGAGCUGCAGUCGUCCUCCCGGCAAGCAGGCAGCCAAGACUGGGUGUACCGCCCUGUGGACACAGUUCCUCCAGCCCGUCAGAACUACCGCCAGAUGUCUGUGCCUCCCAGAAUCAAUCAGUGGAAGCCCCACUGUCCUGGGUCAGGCACCCGGGUAGGGCAUGUGGUCUUUGACGCCCGCCAGAGACAGUUUGGAGUGGGCAGGGACAAGUGUGAAGCUCUGUCUCCCAGGCGCCUUCACCAAGAGGCAUCCAGCAACUCACCUAGACCAUCAAGGAGUGGGGAUAUCAGUGUGUGA